AUGAGAUUUUUAAUCGCCUUAUUAUUAAUUAUUGUCGCUUUCGCCAGCAACACUUUCGCUUUACAAUGCGAAAUGUGCCAAUAUGCUAUUAAAGCCGCUGAAGAUUUAGUUGACCAAAACUUCACCCAAAACCAAAUUUUACCAUACUUAAACUCAGCUUGCAAUUUAUUACCAGAAUCAUGGGCUGCUCCAUGUGAAAUUGUUGUUGAACAAUACGGCUGGCAAUUCAUCCAAAAAGCUAUUGCUCACGAAACCCCAGAAGUCGCCUGUACCCAACUCGGUUUAUGUGUUGAAGUUGAAGCUGAAGUUGAAGUUGAAGAACAAGAAGCCCCAGUCCAAACCAAUAUGCUCGGCAAAUGGCACUGGAAAAAACACCACAAAAAUCCAUUCAAACACUUAGAAAAGGAAUUAAAAUGCAAAGCUUGUCACUAUGUUGUUGGUAAAGCUGAUGGUUACAUCAAUCGUGAAUUCAACGAAGCCAAACACGCCAUCGACCGUGAAUGUGAUGUCUUUGAACUCCACCCAGCUGUUAAAUAUUGCAAACACAUUGUUGAUCACGAAUUAGACAAAAUCUUCAAUGAAGUCAGAAGACAUGAAUCACCAGCCAACGUUUGCAAACACAUCCAUUGGUGUUAA